UAUGAAAUAUGUGAACUAUGGUUUCACUUUGUAUUGCUUUAUUUAUUCGUUGGUUAGAUUCCAUGUUGGAUUUGUUUGUGUCUUUUUGUUUGUUUUUGCUUUGGACAGAACACACACAUCUCCAACUCACAGGAGAAAUUCUAAAUACAUUGUGUUGUUGGAUUCAUCAUUCUUUUUCAAGCGAACGUAAGACGUUCCAUGACUCUCCAAUUUGAUUAAUUAAUUAAAAAUAUAACCAACUAUCUGAGCUUUGAACUGUUGGGUUGGUCAGAACAAGCAAUUUGAAUACAUAUUCACUAUUAUUUGACGUUUUAAAAUCUUUAACAGAGUAAACAUGUUGUAGUUGUCACCCUAUUUUGAAUGUUGCCAGAAAAUUAAAAACUGGCUAAAUGUGACGAUGCCACCCUGACAUCUGCACAAAUAGUCAACAGCAAUACAUUUUAUCAUGAUCACGCGUGGCGUUAAAUUAGAACUGAAAGAACGUCCUCUGGUAAGAGCGGUCUGAGGCCUCGCACCCACUAACCUCUUACCUACUUUUGAAAUGCUUCGAGUCUUUGACACUCAAGUGAACAUCUUGUUCCAGACCAUCUGCAUGGUCUCACCUCCUAGUACAAACGUCACGGCAGACGAAGAAGAGACGUCCCCCUCACCCCACCAGACCCUGGGCCGGCCAACUGUAGUGCUAUUAUAGUUCAAGCAAAGGCGGAUUGUUGCUCUCUUACAAAGGAUUGCACAGUCCAAGACCGAGGACGGUAAUGCAGUGUCGUCCUACUGUAAAGGGAUAUCACAGCGCAAGAUGCGCCUUUCCGAGUAGCGCCGUUCAAAGUUGGCUCGAUGACUUCUGAGGAGACGGCUUUUCGCGAGUGAAAACGCGUGGGUUUUAGCGUUUGUUCCCCCCUCUUUUGUUUUGUCCUCAGAAGAGAAGAUGGCCGUGGUUGUGCUCGGUGCUCUCCUGUGCAUCUCUUGUUGGGUUUCGCUCUACUUCAUCCUGUGCAGCCUGAACGGGUCCAGGAGCUACGAGUGGAACUGUCGCCUCGUCACGCUGGCACACGGCAUCCUGGCCGUCUGCAUCACAGGAUACAUUGGCUACGUGGACGGGCCCUGGCCUUUCACCUAUCCAGGUACUAAGAACACUCCCCUGCAGAUCAGCGCCAUGGUGGUGAGCCUGGGAUACUUCAUUUUUGAUAUGGCCUGGUGUGUGUACUUCCGCACAGAGGGACCCGUUAUGCUGGCCCACCACACCAUGAGCAUCCUUGGAAUCCUGCUCACCCUGUGGUUGGGCGAGUCUGGCAUCGAGUCCUGCGCGGUGCUCUUUGGCAGCGAAAUCACCAACCCCCUCCUGCAGGCCCGCUGGUUCCUCAAACAGACGGGACGCUACGGGACGCGGCUGGGGGACGUCGUGGACGUCCUGUUUGUGCUGCUGUUUGUGUUGAUGCGAGUCUUCGUGGGAGGCACAAUGCUGUACUGUGAGCUGAUCUCCCCGAGACCCCGAUUCUUCAUCAAGUGCGGGGGGGUGGCCAUGUACGCGCUGUCCUGGGUGUUUAUGGUGGACAUUGUUCGAUUUGCCCGUCGGAAGAGCAAGAGCUGGCACAGACCCAAGACGGACCAACUAGAGACGGUGGCUGCUAAUGGUCACGAAGGGAAGAAAGAGUGAUGGCUUUGUGCUUCUCCCAAGGAGAUCUGUUUGUGUUUUUCCCCUCUGGACGCGCAAGGGAAAGCGCAAAGAAAUUCAACUUUUUGUGUGUUGAAUUGAUAUUGAAUAAAGGCAUAUUUCAAAGUCUUAGUUUUCCAUGUCGAGAAAAACUUGUGUGACACCUGUCUGUAAAGGGCUCGCACCCGUUUUUUUGAAACGACACAUUUUUACGCAGCUAUCGCAGCUGAAAACACGUUCGUGUGAAAAUCGUGUGAAAUGCGCAGUUGAAAAACAACAGCGAUGUAGUUUGUGUCACUGAAAACCCAGGAACUUUCCACUAACACGUGAACACAUGUCACUUUCAUGGCCUGGUCGCACGCCGCGGUGGCGCUCUGAAGGAAGGCUCAAUGCUGGAGAAGAGGCAGUUUACAACAUUUUCAGUCAUGUCCAAAUGUUAGGAUUGUGGUAGAGUUGUUCUCAGGGAGAUGAAGUCACAUCAGACGGUUGGGAUGGACUCCUGAGAAAGUGUGUGAUGUGUCCAAUUACUGUGUUUAAUCUACGUCAUAGCAACUUCUGUACAUUUUGGCUUGCGGUCUUAAAUCUGUUUGUUCCAGAGCCUGCGCUAAAGGAUUUGCUUAAUUCGACUUCCCUUGUGUAAAGGGAUACGCGGAGAGGAACAGUUUGAAUUGCGUAACUUUUACGAUUAUGCGAUUACCAGUUUUAAAAAGUAUAGUGUUGUGGGUGUUACUGCACCAAUAGCUCCCAAAUAAUAUGAGUCGUGUUUCAGGUCUCAGAGACGAGAUGAUUGAAGUCAAUUGUGAGCUGUCUGUACAGCGUCCUCAUCAGCUCACUACUGAAGUUACAUUUAUUUUGUCCAGCAGCAUAAAAUGUUUUUUUUUUGGAGAUGUCUGUUCUCUUUCCUCUAAUUCUUUUAGACAAACACACGUGACUGUCAAGAACAACCAAGUGGCCUCAGACUCGGGACAAAGAAAAAAUCUGUGAAAUCAAGCUUUCUUCUUUUGUUUUUAGCACCUAAAAUGUCAGACUGUUAUCAGUUUACCUUCAGUAAAAAAAAAUAUGGAAGAAAAAAUCCCAUUCGGUGUUUUUGCAAAAUAAUUUUAAACUCAUUCCAAAACAUAUUGUACAAAAUACCUGUAUUUGAUUUAUGGAUCUAAGUGUGAAGAGUUUUGUCAGAGUUGUUAUAUUUAUUGUGGGAAUUAGCCUGCAUUUCCCAUAAAUCAAUAUUUAUUAUCAGAAAUAUAUUCAUCUAUUUGGUAUUCACAUACGUAUCUUGUCCAGGCAGAAAACACAAGGGAAUUUUUGGACGACUAUGUGCUCAGACUUUAAUCGAUUGUUAUCAUAGAAUUAUUUGACAUCUGCAGUGGCGUAUUUAAUGCCUUUAUUUUCCGAUAUAUUUGAUGGAGAUUUGAUUUGCAGCGCUCAUACAAGGUCUCUUUUCUUAGCAUUAACGUUUUAUCGUUUUAGCAAAAAAACGAAAUGGUGUGUGCCUUAGUUAUCUGAAUGUACUUCCAUUAUGUUCUGAUGUUUUUUUUUGUAUUGUGCUGUUCUGUACACCCUCCACCAUAAGCAUAGGAGUAAUAGAGAGAUAUUUGGAGUUUGUGGAUUUCAUAAUUUGUCUUUGUAAUCUCUGAGUGAAGUCAAAUCAAGAUGUGAUCGAUUGUUAAUACAUGUUUAACUACAUAAAUCAAAUAAGAACUGAAGAAUAA